AUGGGAAGCCAGAGUGAUCCGGCCGUUCAUUCUUCCAUUGCUCUCUUGCAAGAGAGAUUCAGACAGUUGCAGCGGGCGAAGGAAUUGAGGCAGGAAAGAGAGGUUUUACGGUUGCUACCUGAAGCGGAGAGGAUCAAUCCAGGCACACUAAAUGCAGCAUCUCAAUCGUUUUUCCAUUCCGAUUUGAUCCUUCAGCCUAGACCGCCUCUCCAAGGAUUUGUAUACGGUGAAACUAGCAUGCAUAGUCAACGUCAGGUUACAGAAACUCCGAUAUUGUCAAACUUACAACAGAGGGGUGAGGUCUUGCAAACAUAUACCUUUAAUGAUUCAGAUGUUGACACUUCACUUCAUCUGUGA